AUAGAACCUCUGGACUUGGAGAAGGAGAAGGAGGAGAGAAAGGAAGAGGAAGAAAGAGCGACGCAGAGGAGGAUGGUUCUCCUGCAACAGGUACUCACCGCCUCAUCGAUCGUCCUGCUCUUUGUACUAUGGCGGCGCAAGAGACUGUCUCUUCUGUCAAGGUACCCGGACUUCCUCCCCGGCUCCUCCCUUUCAGACGUGCCUUACGUUCUCCUCGACGCCCUGUCCUCUGUCGGACCCACACCGUAUCUCGCAGCCAAGCACGCACGGCUGGGCCCCACAAUUCGCACAGGCCCGCAGCGACUGCAUCUGGCACAAGCGAGCCCCGGCCUACUUCGCGCGUUGGGUCGGUGCGACAAGGCGCCUUCCUAUGCCGGCUUCGACAUCGGCGGCCAUGCCACGCUCUUUAGCGAACGGACACGGGAGCGGCACAGUGCGCGCGGCAAGCUUGCCCCGCAUUUCUUCUCCUCGGCCAACGCCGAGCUGCGGGAGAAAGUGCUGCAUAGAAACGCUCAGAGGAUUUGCGAGCACAUCGAGGCGAGACUAGCGGCGAGCGAGAGGGAGGGCGGCGGCGACGGCAGCGGCGGGGGUGGCAGCGAGGGCAAGGGCGAAGUCAAGAUCAAUCUGCUGGGCGUCUUUAGGGCCUACGCCGUCGACACGGCCUCGGAGCUCCUCUUUGGACGGGCCUAUGGUGCCAUCGACGAGCUCGGCCAGCAGAGAGCCGCAGGGGCGCAACUGGAGCAACCAUCGAUUGGCCGCGUCAAUGACCACUUCAACGCGGCAGUGCCGCUUGCCCUUUGGAUAGGACCGCUUGCGCGCGCAGUUUCGACCCUGCGCGCUUAUAUGCCUAGCAUACAGAAGCUGUCUGCGGACGAAUUGGCAUCGCUGGAGGAAUUUGACCGCUACGUCGACGCUGUGAUCGACCAGAAGUCCAAUGAAGGGCCGUUGGACGUCGAGGGGCCACAGACAGAUUACGUGUCCUCCCUGGCUGCCUCACAGCUGUACCGGUCCCUCUCGCGCACAGAGCAAAAGGCAGCACUCGUGGCCGAGACGUGCGACGUCCUCUUUGCAGCGACGGAGUCGCUAGCCACGACGCUCGCCGUCGGCCUCUGCCACAUUGCUCGCUUGUUUGGCACUGGUCAGAAGCGCAGUGACGACGAAGAAGAGAGCAGCAGCAGCCUCGGCACGCUCCUUGGAGACGCCUACCUGAGGGCCGUCGUCGACGAGUGCCUCCGGAUUGCGUCGCCCGUACCCAGGGCGCUGGACCGCAUCAUUGGGCCCCGCGGCCUGGUCCUCGACGACGGCGCCCUUCUCGCGCCCGGGACCAUCGUCGGCGUCUCGCCUGAGUGCUUCCAUCGGCAGCCGCGAGAAACCUUUCGCCCCGGCGACACUACCUCUACCUUUGACCCUGAGCGCUGGCUCGACGACGGGCAAAAUGCUUCACACAUUGCAUUUGGUCUCCCGGGCCAUCGCGCAUGUAUCGCAAAGAACCUGGCCAUGGCUGAGCUCUCGAUGAUGAUCUCGGCCUUUUGCCGCAACUUCACCAUUCUCCCCGGGUUGGAGACGCGCAUCGAGCCCAGAGACUUCUGGAACAAGGGCUUCAAGAAUGGCAUGGUAAACGCCGUCGUUGGUAGGAAUAAAUGAAUAAUGUUACUGUACAGUAAUAUGAUACAAGAAGUACACCUGC